AUGCCACACAAGCCAGUUGCAAACUUUACGUGCGUGAUCAACCUUGAUGAUCACGAUGAUAAAGAGAUCAAACAAGCCGUUCUUCCACGAACGGCCGAAAAGUAUGAGCGGAGUGUGAAGAUUUUUGACCAAUUCCUUGAGCUGCACCCCACUGCCCGCUCUCCCCCAGAUAUCAAAACCUACAAAGGGUUUUUGGAAUUUUACGCAAGAAACACGACGGGUCGGAUCAAGGAAAAGCCUACAACGGAGACCGUGGAGAAUUUCCGCCAGGACUUCGAAACAGCUCUUGCUCAGCUGAGGGACUUCUCUGUCCCAAAGAAUAUGUCGAAUACCAUGAAGGAGUACAUUAUAUCGGACUUAAAGACCAAACUUAAUCUUCCAGAUGUUGAGAUGUCCAGAGAUGGACUCUCUCCAAAUGAUUUGACCAUCCUUCUAACACAGCUCUGGUGUUGGGACUUUAAGGAAUACCGUGGACAGUUUCCUGACCGGAGUAGAGUACAGCUUACCACAUCAAUAUUACUCUAUUACUUUUCGUCCGCCCGAACUGGAGAGGUGCAUGAGUCAACAGCUCGCCGAUCUCUUGCCCGGCAGAAGGAUAGCAGCGACGACAAUAACGCGAAUCUCCAGGCCAGUGCCAUGGCUGCAUGCUAUAAGCAUUUUAUCCUCACCAUAGAACUGGUUGAUGGCAUUCCGAUGUUGGUGUUGACUUAUGCUCGGGAGUUUAUAAAGGGGUACUGGAGAAAGAAAAAAUGGGAACCUCCAGUGCAUGCUUUCUAUGAGGUGUACAAAGAGGAAGUCCCAGUCUUUUUCAACUUGAUUUUCUUCAUGCUUCCGUUAUUUUCUGCUGACCGUGCUUUCCGCCAUUACAAAUCAUAUACUAAGAUCCUUGAUGAAGUGGACUCCAUCAAGGUAGGGCAAGAGGUGCUGAUGUAUUUAGAAAAGAGUUUGCUGCACUUGGGUAUCGGAGCGGGUAUGAACUAA